AUGAUCCCAAGGGAAGUGAAAGUGGAUGAUGAGAUAUUUAGAAGAAGAGAAAGGAAACUCUGCAAAUUGACAGCCAUUCCAAAAUGGAUAGAAACGUGCCCAGAAACACCAGAAAGCAUAAAGAAAACAAUAGCCUCAACGUUAAGCAACCAAUUAGAAAAAGCAAGAGAAAUACAAAGUAUAAAAUGGGACCAAACAACAUUCAUCAUUGGGGAGACAUCAUAUACCAGACUUGCGGUUCCAACAAACCCAGACUGUGUUGAGAUUCCAAAGGAAUUAAGGAAGCCAGCAUUAGCUGAAGUGCUUAAUCUGGAGAAUUAUAUUGAAUAUGAGGAGGUACCAGAUUAUUAUAUUGAGAAGGUCCAAGAAAUAAUAGGACCAAAUGCAAUGGAUUUAAGCACUAUUCCAACAAUAGUUAAUUAUGUUCAAUCUCAACUUGAUCCAAAAGUGAGACAUCUACCAAUUAUGCCUGGAAUGGACCCAAAAGAAGUUCAUCUGCUUCAUGCAAUAGUUCAGCCGAACUACCGAAUAAUUGGGUUGGGCGCAUUCUUCACACAGAAAACAAGUCAAAAUCAAAUACUAACGGAACUGUGUAUGAAUAUACUCCAUCAUGUGUCUAUAAUAGGGUUGACAUCCUCCAAAUACGGAAAUAUCUUGCAUCAUCAUACAUCCACGAUUACCCUGCUAUAA